UCCUUGUUAUAUUUCUUUUAUGCAUUUUUUGGAAACCCUUUUGUUUUUAUGACCCAGAAGCUUCUUUUUUUUCCCCGACCUGCUGGUGGAAAUGGAUGAGAGUCAUGAGACAUGCAAAGAUUGCAGGAGUGGCAUAGAGGACCUGUAUUGGACCCAUUUUCAGUGUCAUCAGUUCUCUCAGUUUCUUCGUGCUGGUUUUGAUCAGUGCCUUGCGAUCCCUGAACCAUUUACUAGAAAUUUGAAGAGUAAGUUGCCUGAAACAGUGAAUCUUAAAGGACCUAGUGGCAUCACAUGGAAUGUUGGACUAACAACAAACAAUAACAUAACAUUCCUCAGUCAUGGUUGGAAAGAUUUUGUAAGAGACCAUGUUUUGGAGGAGAAUGAUGUCUUGAUCUUCAAGUACAAUGGGGAUUCAUGUUUUGAUGUUUUAAUGUUUGAUGGGAGGAGCUUGUGCGAGAAGGCAAGUUCAUAUUUUGUCAGAAACUGUAUGCGACAUAAACAUGAUAGUGGAUGCCAGAAACAAAGUCAAAUUAGAGGUGGAAGUUCUUCGGAAAUUGUUCCUCCCUUGCCGCAGGAUGCUGUUAGAGACUCUCUAAAGCGGAAACUCAUAUUUGAAGAUGGUGAUGAAAGACCGUCAGGACAAUCUGGGCCCCAAGCUUCUGAUACAAUACCAGUAGGACGACCUUUAGUGUUCCAAGCUACCAAUAAUGGAUUAUUGAAGAAAAGCCGAACAAAAAGGAAAAUUCCUGAAAGUUCCAAUGAACAGGUUAGUAUUGGUGGCGGCUCUUCACCGCAUAACUCUAUUGGCGAGGACACUGAUGAAAAACCUGCAGUCCCUACAUAUGCAUCCAUCCGUAAGAAGGCAAGUUAUCACCAGCAAUAUCAGUCAAAUAGAAGGCCUGUAACAGAAGAAGAGAAGAGGAAAGCUUUGCGGUUGGCAGACGCAGAGUUAACACCACAAGGUUUUCUAUCUGUUAUGAAGCAGACAAGUAUAUACAGGAAACAUUACUUGGGAAUUCCAUCUUGGUGGAUGAACAAGCAUUUGUCACUGAAGAAUCAAGACUUGAUCUUAAGGGUAAACGAGGAUACAUGGCAGGUCACAUUCAGAUACGUCUACAGUAGAGGCCAUGGAGGGCUGUCGACUGGAUGGAAGAACUUCGCUCUUGAUAACAAAUUAGACGAAUUUGAUGUAUGUGUGUUUGAACCCAGCAGCCCUUUGAAUAAUUGUGUUGUUCUGGAUGUCAAAAUCUUUCGUGUUGUGCCGGAAGUCCAGCCCUUGACUCCUGUUAAGGUGGCAAGUCUUUGAAGAUCUUCAGAGAAGAGAAACUUGCCCCAGAGAGCACACAAAUCCAUGGACUCUUUUGGUAUCUAGUCUUUUGGUGUCAGCCAAGCAUGUAAAUAUUUGAGGCUGAUGACUUUUCCUGGACAAAAGUGAAACAACAUCCCAUGUUUUGUAAAUCUGAACUGCCCUUGGGCUGUUUUGUACUACCGGUUUUUAAUAUGUUAAAUAUGCUUUGUUGCCUGUAUUGGCUCACUCUUUACA